AGCGACCUCCUCAACAGCGCGAAGAUCUGGGAGGCGUGCCGGGCCACCUCGGCGGCGUCGUUCUUUUUCGAUCCAAUUGUAGUGGGAAGAUUCGGAGAAGAGUUCGUGGACGGGGCGAUGGGAGCGAACGACCCGAUACUGGAGGUGUGGGACCAGGCGCAGCUGGCUUGGGGACCAGAGCCGCUAGAGGGCAGGGUAAAGUGCCUGAUUUCGGUCGGGACGGGCGCGCCUUCGCUCAAGCCGUUCAAGGACGACGUCUUGCACAUCGGCGAGACGUUGGUAGCGAUCGCCACAGAGACAGAGCAGACGGCGGAGAGGUUCCGGCGCGAGAGGUCGCUGCUUGCCGACACUGGACGGUACUACCAGUUCAACGUGAAUCGUAGGCUGGAGGACAUUGGACUGGAAGAGUCGAAGAAGGUUAACGAGAUGGCGGCGGCCACACGAAGGUACAUCGGGAGUUAG